AAGCGUUAACGAGGAGUUCACUAUUUGACAGGGAGACGGCUGCCUGUGUGUAGUGGUGCUGGACGGCGGGAGGGGAGGGAUUAUAUUAUUAUCUGCGUUUAUUUUGGUGGCGGCGACUCGUCUGUCUCCGCGAUGGAGGCGGAUCGGCCCGGAGGAGGAGCUGGCGGAUUGAACCCGAACCACAGCGGUAAUGGAUCUGGUCGGAACCCGAACGGGCCCAAGACUUUGUUAGGGGGAUCGGGAGCGAUGGCCGCGCCUGCCCAAGCUCCGGAGUUUCAGGAGGGCGAACCGGGCCUGUCUCUCCCAGGGAUUUUGCACUUCAUCCAGUUUGAAUGGAGCCGUUUUCAGACCGAGAAAUACCGAUGGGAGGCCGAGAGAGACGAGCUGAGGGCCCAGGUGGCUUUCUUGCAAGGCGAGAGGACGGGGCAGGAGAAUAUGAAACAAGACUUGGUGCGCAGGAUCAAGAUGCUGGAGUACGCACUCAAACAAGAGAGAGCGAAGCAUCAGAAACUGAAAUCAGGAAAUGAAUCAGAGCAGGGGGAGAAGAAGCCGGAGACAGAACCAGAGCAAGUGUCUAAUGGGCCGGCAGAGUCGGACUCCGAGCAGGGGAAUCAGAUGUCUUGGAAGGAAGGACGACAGCUUCUACGCAAGUACCUGGAGGAAGUGGGAUACUCCGACACCAUCCUAGAUAUACGCUCCAAGAGAGUGCGCUCCCUUCUGGGGCGGAGCAGCCCGGAGGUGAAUGGCUUGGCUCCGCAGUCCAGCCAAUCGGAACAGGAGCCCAGGGCUGGGGGUGGGGUUGGGGGCGGAGAGUCUCUCCUGGUCAAGCAAAUCGAGGAGCAGAUUAAGAGGAAUGCUGGGAAGGAGUCAAAGGACCGGAUCACCAGCUCUGUCUUGGACAAGAUCCCCUUCCUGCAGGGUUGUGAGGAGUUGGACGACAGCGAUGAAGACGAAGACUUCCAGGGCAUCUCCACAGACUGUCUCUCUGGGUCCCGGCAGCACAAGAAAUCCAGAGCCAAGAUGGGAGCAGAGUCCCUGGAAGCAGAGGUGGAGCCGGAUGAUGAGGAGGAAGAUGAAGACGACUCUGAAGAUGCCCUGAACGAGUUUGACUUCCUGGCGUCAGGGGAGGACGGAGAAGGGGCCGGCGAGGCCUGCAUAUCCGGGGGUGGCAGAGAGCUUGAAAACCAAAGGAAUAAGCUGCAGGGCAUGCUGUCUGAUUACAGAAAUGUGGACGGGCUCUCUGUCAAAGCAUCCAUUCCUUCAACAGGGCCUGGCCAGUCUCGAUCUUCUGAAGGGGGCGCUCUGGGCUUCUCCUCCGAUGUCUUCAUUCUGGACACUGUGGGGGGCGGAGACAUGAAUCUGGGGGAGCUUGCUGACCUCACUGUCGCCAAUGACAACGACCUCACCAUUGACCUGCAGGACAGCCGGGAGGAGUUCAAAAAGACGUGGAAUGCGCGUUUCACGCUGCGCAGCCACUUUGAUGGGAUCAGGGGCCUAGCCUUCCACCCCAGCCAGGCUGUGCUGCUCUCUGCAGCCGAGGACGGGACCCUCAAACUGUGGAACUUGGACAAGGCAAUUUCCUCCAAGAAGAAUGCAACUCUGGAUGUGGAACCCAUCUAUACCUUCAGAGCACACAGUGGUGCCGUGCUGUCCCUGGCAAUGGGAGACCGUGGGGAUUUCUGCUACAGUGGGGGUCUGGAUGGGAGUGUGCGCGGCUGGAAGAUUCCUGAAUUGAACGUGGACCCCUACGAUAACUACGACCCCAGCAUUGAGAGCAGCGUGCUGGCUGGCCACACAGACGCAGUGUGGGGUCUGGCUUUCUCUCCGGCUCUUCACCGCCUGGCGUCCUGCUCCGCAGAUGGGACCGUUCGCAUCUGGGACACCUCGGAGACCCCCGCCUGCCUCAGCGUCUUCAACAAGGACAAGGAGCAUGGGAUCCCUACCUCAGUGGCCUUCGUGAACUCUGACCCCACUCAGGGCGUGGUCUCUUAUAAAGGGGGUGAGACCCUGCUGUAUGACCUCAACACUGAGCAGAGCAUCCUGGAGCUGGAAUCCAAGAGCAAGGAGGGCAGCACCCUCGUUAACCGUGUCCUGAGUCAUCCUUCUCUGCCAGUCUCCAUCACUGCUCAUGAGAACCGCAUCAUUCAAUUCCUGGAUAAUAAAACCGGUAAAGUGAUCCAUUCUAUGGUGGCUCACCUGGAUGCUGUCACCUGUCUGGCUGCGGACCCCAAAGGCACUUACCUCAUCUCUGGCAGCCAUGACUGCUCGGUCCGGCUGUGGACGCUGGACAGCCGGACUUGUGUCCAGGAGAUCACGGCUCACCGCAAGAAACACGACGAGGCGAUUCACGACGUGGCAUUCCACCCGAGCCAGCCCUACAUCGCCAGCGGGGGUGCUGAUGCGCUCGCCAAGAUCUUCGUCUGACAUCCCCCUCACCCCCCCCUCGACCCUCAUCCGGACUGAAGUCCUCCCAGCACCUUCAACCCGGGUUUUGCGUACACAGUGUAGCACUCAGCAGAACGAACCACACCAGGGCAGGUUGGUCUACCGAACCAACAACACAACGCUGCAUUUCAAACGUAUGAAUAAAGCAAAUCAAGCUCAGGGCUCUAGCAUCAACUCCAGAGCAGCUGUCGCCUGCUGCAUUUUACACUAAAAUAAACCUCUCCGUAUUGAUUGAGAGCCACAUACCACAGUCUCCCUGGGAGAUGGUCACUGUGGAGGCUAUUGAUUAUGGAGCGAUAAGGGACCAGCGUAAUGUAGAUGAUAUGGACCACUUCCAUAUGCUUGGGUUAACCAUGUGAAGAGAUCAGUCACUCCCAUGUGUGAAUUACAUGUUAAGGUUGACUCAUGGAAAUAUACAUGGGGUCUGUUUUAAUAAUUGCGUACAGUCAUCUAGAGAUGUUGUAUACAGCUAUGGCCAAAACUUUUGCAUCACAGAGAAUUUUAGGAUUAAGACUAAUAUAUAUAUAUAUA